CACUCACUCGUCCACUGCACCGAUUCUUGCACAAUCAGCACUUCUUUAUAUAUAUAACACUGAAGACACGCCAGAGUCGAUCUCUUUAGCCACUGCACGACCAGACACAAUCCCACAACACAUUUGUCAACAUUUAAUAAUCCAACAUGACCACCGCAGAUCCGAUCUUCUCAAAGGGGGAAAACUGCAAACAAAGUUGGCACGGCGCGAGCGCUGACUACAAUGAGACCGACACACACUUGGAGAUCAUGGGCAAACCCGUUAUGGAGCGCUGGGAGACUCCAUACAUGCAUUCCCUUGCAACAGUCGCUGCUUCGAAAGGUGGAAGGGUGCUUGAGAUUGGCUUUGGAAUGGCCAUAGCAGCCACUAAGGUGGAGUCCUUCCCCAUUGAAGAGCACUGGAUUGUUGAGUGUAAUGAUGGUGUUUUCCAGAGACUGCAGGAGUGGGCCAAGAGUCAGCCACAUAAAGUUGUUCCUUUGAAAGGUCUGUGGGAAGAGGUGGUGCCAACCCUACCUGACAAUCAUUUUGAUGGCAUUCUUUAUGACACAUACCCACUGUCAGAAGAAACUUGGCACACACAUCAAUUCAGCUUCAUUAAGGGUCAUGCUAACAGACUGCUAAAGCCUGGCGGCGUGCUCACAUACUGUAAUCUCACUUCUUGGGGCGAGCUACUGAAAAAUAAAUAUGACAACAUUGAAAAAAUGUUUGAGGAGACACAAGUUCCUCACCUGGUGGAGGCUGGAUUCAAAAAGGAAAAGAUCAGCACCACGCUGAUGGACAUCAGUCCUCCUAGUGAAUGCAAAUACUAUUCCUUUAAUAAGAUGAUCACACCCACUAUUGUAAAAGAAUAAAAUAAAGCAAAUCUUGUUUCUAUCGUUCAACUGUUAAUAAUACCAGCAGCUUUCUGAUUGUUUAAUUCAUUUAUAUCUUUAUAAAUGAAUAAGUUUUUAUAGUGUACUACAUGAAAAUAAACUAUACAAUAUA